AUUUAACAGCUGUUCUGUAUCUGUGCUGACGUGGAUCAAAAAAUGGCAAGUGAUUGAGUGCUAAGUGGUGGCUAAAUAUUUUGAUUUAGUAUUUUAUGUAUUCUCUACUUUGUCUUCAAUUCAAUAGCCGUAACCCUAAUCAGCUGUGAUUGUGCUCAGUGUAUCUAUUCGUUGUUGUAUUCAUGUUUUCAUCACAUAAACAACGAUGUCCGAAAAUAAAAACAUCAAUAGUCCUCUUGAAAAGGAUCAAGUCGAAGUCGAUUCCAAUUUAGCAGUAUCUAAAGGUGAUGUUGCAAGCGUGACGGGUAGAAGUAGCGCAGCAACCACUAAGCUCACAACAACAGCAGAGAGGCAAAUAAAAUUUGAAAGAGCUCAGAAAUGCCUGGAAAAUGCUGCACUUGUAUCCAAAAAGAUUAAAGAGCAUCGUAAGGCCACAGCAGAAUUAUUGGGUCGGCCAUUUGAGGAUGAUACUACAGACACUCAAUCAGAGAUGGCAACCGCCAUGAGUGAGAAAACAGGGUAUUCAGUAGCUACUGACACAUCCACAACUUUAUCAGUCCAAGAUGCACUGAACAUUCCAGGUAUUAGUGAAAGCUUAGCAAACACUUUGAAACAAAAGGAGAUAUUAAUGGAAAGAAUAAAACAAUAUAAGGAAAUUAGUAAAAGACCUAUGAAAACAAAUGUUGUUAAAAAGAAAGAACUGGCACUUGAAAGUACAGAAUUAAGAAAGAGUUCUGAUUCCAGUGAAGUGUCCAAGUUAAUGACUAUUGUGAAAGAUAAAGAAAAUGCAUUAAGUGUUAUGCAAGUAAAGUUAAAGGCAAUGGAGACCACCAUUUUGGACUUACAAGAAAAAAUUAAUGAAAAGGACCAAAUAAUAGAAGCAAAAAAUAAAGCCACAACCCUUAUAUCUGACAGUUUAACUAGAAAAGAAAAGGAUACUCUACAUUUACUGGAAGAUACCAAAGAGCAAAUGGCUAAAAUGCAACAAAAUUUUGUAUCAAUGGAGUUUGAAUGGAAGGAAGAGAAACUAAAAUUAUUAUCAGAAAUUGAGGAGAAAAACGAAAAAAUAAAAAAUCUAAGUGAGGCAAAUACUAUACUUGAAAAUUCCCGAUUUGAAAUAAGUAUAGCCCAUUCCAAGAUUAUUGAAGAACUUGAAUUAAAAACCAAAGAAAUUCAAGAAUUACAAGAACAGAUAACAAAACUAACAGACACACAAGAACCUAUAAUUGAAAAUAAGCCACAGCAGACAGAAGAGAAAGGUUCCAAAGAAAUUGCAGAUAUGGAAGAAUUAACUAAAAAAAUUGAGUUGCUAGAGCAAAUUAAUUACCAGAUACGACAAACUAAUAAAGAACUUGAAAGUCAACUUUCUUCAGUUUCUCUUGAUUCCAAACCAAGUACCACAGCAAGCUCCCCUAGCAAAAAGGGUAGUCCACUACCAACACGCAAAGGUGGUAGGAAUACAUCUGCCAAAUUGAAAUCCCCUUGGAGCAAGCUUUCUGCAGAAUCUCUAAAUCUAGAAUCCGAAAAGAAAACAGGAAAAGUUGACAGUGGAAAAACAGAAAUUAUUUUACAAGCUCUUAAUAAAGAUAUUCUAGAUAAGGAAUUUAUUAUAUCUCAAAAAGAAGCUGUUAUAAUAAGUUUACAAUCUGAUAAUAAACAGAAAGAUGAUAUUAUUAAUGAACUUAAAUCACAAAUGACUUUAAAAACUGUUGAAAAAGUUGAUGUAGAAAUAAGUACAGAGAAGAUUAAAGAAGAUGUGAUUGACCCAACAUCCGAAACUUCUAGUGGGCAACAAGAUAUUAAAGAACUGGAAGAUAAAUUAAGAUUAGCUCAAGAGCAAAUUGCAUCAUUAAAUGAAGAAAUUGAUACUGCAAAUAAAAAUAUGAUAAAAGUGAAAUCUAAUUCGAAAUUAAAAUUAAAACAAAUGCAAAAAACAAUUGAGAACUUUAGUAAAGUGUCCGAUGCAAAUGCUGAAAUACUGCGUCUCAAUGAAGAGAUACAUCAAUUGUCACAAAAGGUAGCAGAGCUAGAAGAAGAGAAAGGGAACUUACAAUUACAUCUUGUUGAUUAUGAUAGUGGAAGAUUGACAGAUACAGAGGUGUAUAAGAAGAUGAUUGAAAUGGAGAACUUAGCUGAAACUAGAUUGAAGUCUAUAAGUUUGUUAGAGACUCAAAAAUUCGACUUGGUUCAAGAAUUGCACCUCUUGCAGCAAAAGAAUGCAGAAAUGGAAGAUAAAUUAGCAGAUAUAACACAACUUCAAAAUGAGCAAGUUUGUUCAGAAAUUAAAUCGGUACAAUUAGAAGAACAAAUCGAUGAACUUUCUGCUACUAAAAAAGAGCUAGAAUUGGUGAUAGAAAAUAUAAAAGUAGAUAAGGAGCAGCUAGAAGGAAAUAUAGAAUUGCUACAAAAUGAAAAAGAAGAAUUGUUGCAAAAAUUAGAAAAUUACAUACAGGAAAACAUAGAAUUAAGUGAUAAACUAGAGAAACUAAGUGCUGAAAAAGUAAGUUCAGCAGAAUCAAUAGAAAUUGUUGAUUCUCUCACAACUCAAGAAAAACUAGAAAUAGAAGAAUAUAACAAAGGCAUUAGUAGAGAUAAAUUGGAUGACAAUAAUACUGAGAAUCAAACCGACUUGAGUUCCAGACAAAAUAUAACUUUUGAUAGUGUCCUCCAAGAAAGUGCCGAAUUAAAAAAUAAAAUUGAACUAUUUACUCAAGAGAGACAAGAAGUUAUGGAAAAAAUGAAUACAAUUUGUAUCGAAAAUAAUUCACUACAUAAAAAAAUUGAGGACUUAGAUCAUCAAUGUCAAGACUUAAAAACAACCAUUUCAAUUUUAAAUAAUGAAAAAUCUGAAAUUCAAAGCCUUAACGAAGAAUUAAAUUCUCAAAUCGAAGAAUUAAAGCGCGAAAGAAGUGAAAUAAUUAAAGAAACAGCAGAAACUACAAAACCUUUGACUACUGAAGAUUCUGUUGAUAGCCCUCUGGCUGAGAUUCACCAAGAUGACAAGGCAGCUAGUGAAAAAGGAGCAAAAGGUGCAAAAUCUGUGAAGCAGUUGACCAAAGAAAUAUUAAAAUUGAAAAACAUAAUUAAAGAAAGAGAAGAUGAAAUAGCAGAUUGCCAAAUGAAAAUCCUUUCUCUUGAGGAACAACAACAAAAGCAUUCAGAUUUAUUGAAAAGUAAUAUGGAUUAUGAAAACAAAAUAAAGCAAUUGACAGAAGAAAACAAAAACCUUAAAUUAGAACUGGAAACGGUUACAAAUGAUACAUCUGAACAACAACAAUUGCAACUUAAAGAUACAAUAGAGUCCUUGCAUCAAGAAAUGCAAAAAAUUCAAAGGGAAUAUAGUGCCGCCAUUACAAGUCGCGAUGCAAAUAUUCAAAAUCUGGAGCAAAUGUUAAUAGAAUAUGAAAAACAGGUAUUUAAUUAUGGUAACACCUUACAACAAAAAGACAAAGAAAUUAAUGAGUAUAUAAAUCAAAUUACCAAAUUAAAUGACUUAUCUCAAAAAUUAAAAUCCAGAAUAGAAAUCUUAGAAGACGAAAAAGCUAAAGAUCAAAACGGCGAAUUGAUAAAAUCCUUAAAUAAACAAAUAGCUCUAUAUCAAAAUGCAUUAGCUGAUUGUGAAGAAAAACUUAGAAUAUUUGAAGAGGAAAAAGCUCAGCUAUCAUCUUUAAAAUCUAAAUUUGAAAAUAAAAGCAAUAUACUCGAAAGUGACUUGACAAACUUAAAACAGACUUUAAAUGAAAAACAAAAAUUACUAGAAGAAUUACAGUUGCAACAACAAAAGCAAAAAGAAGAAUAUUUCGAAAUUAUGACACAAUCUAAAGAACGUGAUGAGGAAAUACACGAAAUUAAAUUACAAUUAAGAAAAGAAUCAAUAGAAAAUGAAAAAUUAAGAACGGCAAUACAACAAAAAGACCUCGUCAUAGAAGAAACUGCAAAACAAUAUGAACAAGUUAAACAAAAACUUGAUUCCAUAAAUCUUGACCAAAGUUCUCAAAGUGAUCAGUUUUCAGUAUUAGAAAGUAAAAACAAAGAACUGAUGGAAAAAUUAAAAAAGUUUGCUCUGAGUAUUAAGAAAAAAUCUUCUAUGUACACUGAGUUAGAACAUCAAUUUAGUGAAUUGCAGAAGCAGCAUGAAAUAAAAAUUGAACAGUAUGAUCAAGCAAUGAUACAAGUUGAAACAAUACCAGCUUUACAAGAAAAAAUUAAAUAUGCUAAUGAGGAACUGAAUAGCCGUCAAGCAGAAAAAAAUCUACUUGAGAAGAAAAAUCAAGAGGCUCAAAGUGAAAUUACAUCCUUGCAAUACAGGUAUGAAGAAGCUCAAAAUGAAAUAAUGAAGUUGAAGGAAAGAAUAGACUCAUUACACAAAGAAUUGCAUAUAUCUCAUGAAGAAAAUGUUGCUGUAAAAUCUAAUUUAGAGAGCUUAAAUAAUAAAUUGGUUGAAUAUGAAUUGGAACAAAAGAAUAAUACCAAUCUUUUAACAAAAAUUUCUUGUUUAGAGGCAGAUAUAAAUCAAAAACAAUCACAGAUUUCUGAUUUGAUAAAUCAAUUACAAAAUCAGGAACAAAGUUUAAAUCAGAUGCAAUUUGGACACGAAGCUAAAGUUCAAGAACGAGACAUGUAUAUUGAAAACUUACAGAUUGAAAUGGAAAAGUACAAAAAUCGCAUUUGUAGACUUGAAGAAAGUAUUUCUGAAAUGGAAAAUAGACGUCAAUCACUGGAAAGGAAAGCUGAUCAGCUUGAUACACAAUUACAAGAAAAACGAAAAUCAUAUACUGAAUAUACAACUCAAGAAGAUGAGCUAAUAACCCGUUUAGCUGUGCUAAUGGAUCAUGAUAGGGUUCUUGAGAAACAAGUCCAUGAAAUAGAAAACGAUAACAAAGAGCUACAGUAUAAAGUUCAAUAUCUUAAUGAAGAGCUACAGAACAUACAAAGAUCAUAUUCUGACUUACUUGCACAUUGUAAUAGCAUUGAAAGCAAAGCUGCAAAAACUGAAAUUUUAGAAGCAGAAAAUAUGUCUUAUCAAGCAAAACUGGAAAGCCUUGAAAAUAAUCUGAAAAAAAUAACUAAUGAACACAAUAGUCUUCUAGCACAAAGAAAAGUUGAAAUUGAUGAAAUUGAAACAGAAUUCAAUACUCAAAUUGAAGAGGCUAUAAAAGAAAAGAAAUUGCUAAGUGAGAAACUUGAAAAACUGAAUGAGCAUGUUUCAAGACUAGAUUUUGAAAACCAAGGUUACAGAACAACUGUAGCAAACCUUCAUAUUAACCUGGAAGAAUUGACUACUCAAAAUAUGAAGCUUGCCGAAACAUCCAAAGUAGACAAUCCUUCUAUGCCAGAUUAUACUGAGCAAUAUGUAGCCGAAAUUAAUAAGUUAAAUGCUACUUUAAAUAACAAAAAUGUACAAUUAUCUGAAUACCAAAAUAAAUUGAAAAAUUUAGAAUCACAACAUAGUUCUUUAAAAUGUUCUUUAGAACAAAAAAUUACAGAGUUAUCAUCAAAACUUGCACAAUCUUUACAUCCUCUUGAUGAACUGUCGACAGAGAAUGCCAAAUUAAAAUGUGAUAAUCAGGAACUCGCUCACUUAUUAUACCAGAAGGAAGAUCAAAUAAAACAAUUAAUGGAAAAGAAAAAAGUUGUAUUUGAGAUGAACAUACCAAAAACAGAGGGAAUGACUAUUUCUUCUACAAUAGAAGAAAUGAGCGAUGAACAAAAAUCAGCUAUAGAUAUAGCCUCCUUACAAUCGCAGAUACUUUCAGAUGCUGAUAUAUCCAAUAAACAAUCAGAACUUAUAAUUAAAAAGCAGUUAAAACACAAUGAAAAGCCAUCAAAUAUACAACAAUUUUCAGGAGGAUCAAUAGAACCUCUAAUUGUACCUAAAAAAACGUAUGUUUGUUCCCAAACAGAUGAUGAAAGUAAAGAUGAAGAUCCAUUUAAUUCCGAAGAAGGUUGGGGGUUAGAAGAAAAUGCUGAUUCUUAUGAUGUUACACCUGGAACUUCUAAGCUAAAUCAAGAAAUACAAAGCUUAAAGGAGACAAAUGAACGAUUAAAAAAAGACUUGGAUGCAUCAAAUGCGAAAUUAUUAAAAGCUAUUAAAAAAUUAAAAGAACUGAAGGCUGCUAAUGAUAUGCUAGCAAAUGAAUUAAAAUUAUCUAAGCAAAUAUCGAAUUCGUCAUUAUUAGAUAUGACUAUUGAAAGUGAAUUAGCUAACAACAUGAAUAUUUUGGAGAAAAAAGUUCAAGAACUCAAUGAUGCUCUUAAUAAGGAGAGAAAAGAAAAAGAACUUCUUACUAAACAGAAUGAAGUAAUUAAAAAUGCAAAUGAAAGGUUAAUAGAAAUGAAAGAAAAAAUGGAUAAUGAAGUAGAACUAUGGAAAUACAAUUUUAAACAAGCAAAUGAUAAAAUAUCCUCUCAACAACAAUACGAAGAGAACAAGGAUAAUCCUGUGUCCUCACCAUCAGCAUUAUUAUCGAAAAAUGAAACUCAGUUUGAGGAAGAAAUUUCGAAACUUGAAAAAGAAAAUGAUGAAUUGCAGUCUAUAGUUGAUAAUUUAUCGCUAAAAAAUAAAGAACUCACAGAAGAAAUCCUAAAAUUAAGAAGUGAAGUAUCAAAUCUUAAUGAAAAAUGCAUUUCCUUAGCAGGUAACGAAAUAAAUAAGGCUGAAAUAGAAGAUUUAAAAAUUAAAAAUACAGAUUUAAUCAACGAAUGUACAAAAAUACAAACGGAUCUUUCUACAUUAGAAAAACAAUAUAAAGAAUUAAUAGAAAAAAGUUCAGAAGAAAAGAUAGAAUAUGAAUCCCUCCAAAAACAAUUGGAAAUUAAAAGCAAAGAGUUACAUGAAGUGAAUUCAGCUUUAGACGAAAUGCAAUUACUUCGAGUGGAAAGAGACGAUGCUAUAAAUCAAAUUCAAGUACUGAAAUCUGAACUUGAAAAUGUUAGUAUGCAAUUACAACAAAGCCAACAUGACAUGAUUCAGAUUGAAAGGUUCAAAUCAUUAACAGAAAAUUAUGAACAAGUCAAAUCCGAAUGUGAAAUAUUAAAACAAAAGGUUGAUAAUGCUAGUACAACAAUUCAAGAUUUAGAUCUUGAAAACAGAAAGCUACUGCAGAACGCAGAAAAAUCACAAGAAAGACUAAAUGAGCUUGAAUCAAAACUUCAACAAUUAAAUUCAGAAAAUGAUCAAUUGUUAUCAACAGUAACUGAAUUAAGAUCUUCGAUAUCAAGCGCCAUGGAUCAGCGUGGCUUUGAAAUCGCUGAACUAUGGAAGCAACAUUUAACGCAAAGAGAAAAUGAUUUCCAACAAAUCGAACAAGAUCUUAGAUCACAGUUAAAUGCUUCUGAGAGUAAAUAUCAACAACUUCUUGAUAAUAUGCAGUCAUCUACCAAAGAAGAAACUAAUAGAAUUGUCAUUAUGGAGCAAGUCUCAUCUCUUCAAAAUAAAUUACAAGAGAAGGAGGAUCAACUGAAUACAUUACAUGAUAAAUACACAGACGUUAUGCAUCAACUUGAUAUGUUACGGUCGGAGAUGGAGGAUGAAAAAUUAAUGAAUGAAAAUAAAAUCCUCGUUCAACAGGAAGAGUAUGAAAAAACCAUUAAGGAAUUAAGAGAUGAAAUUCAAAGGCAAACCGAGCAGCAGGAAUCUACUGAUGCAUUGAAUCUUGAACUAGUCGCUACGAAAACUGUUAAUGACAGUUUGAACCAACGCAUAGAAGAACUUAACAGAGAAUAUGAGUUAAAAAUAUCUGAUUUAACUAAACAAAUUAAACAAAAAGAAAGUGAAAUAUUCCAGAAAACACAUGACUAUACAAUCACACUCUCAGAUAGGAACACGGAAUUUGAAAAUGUUCGGAGACAAUUAAUAGAAUAUGAAAAGAAAGUUGAAGAUUUAACCUUUGAAAAGGAGUCUGAAUUAGCAGUACUUAGGUUGAAGAUGCAUGAAAAUAGUGAACAUUAUGAAAAGAUGCGCCAAGGUUUAGAAGAAGAAAAAGUGAAGAUGGCUGAAGAAUUAAAUGUUAAAAUCGUGGAAUGUACGAAUCUUAAUAAGCAAAUAAAUGAUUUGAAUAAAAUAUUAGAAGAAUAUGCAAAUAAAGCAGCUGAAACACAAUUAGUUUUGGAAAGUCAAGAAUUAGAGAUAGUUACUCUAAAAGAUGAAAUAGAGAGCAUGAAGAAUGCUUUGAGAUCGGCUAGCAAUAAAAUCGAGAAACAUGUUACAUUCGCGUCUGAUACUAAUGAGGUUGCUGGUAAUGCGGCAGAAAGUACACUCAAUAGAGAUUUGCUCGACGCUGUCCCGAGGGCUGAGUUAGAUUUGGCGCUAUACAUGCUUCAUCAACGGGACGUGCGUUGCGAGGAACUUACCAUGGAAUUGACACAAUUGUUAGAAGAAAGAGAUACUUUACAACUACGACUAUCUGAUAGCUUACGUUCUUAUGAAGAUUUGAAGGCACGUUACGGAUCUGUUGGGCUCGAUGCAUCUAUCAGCUCAAGCCAAGACACAGUAUCCGAGCUUCCGAGCUUUAGUAUAGAAAAGGAAUCCCACUUUGUGGAUACGCACCGUGCACAUUCUUCGAGGAGUAGUAGCAUAAGCGAAAUGGAUGGCGAAAAACCUAAAUUACAGGCUAAGCUGUCAGAGCUGCGCAGUGUAAAGCACAGUCGCGACGUCCGGUUGCGUCACGAGAGCGAGCAGAGGCAGCUCGGCAUGAGGCUGCUGCAGCGGGACGUGGCCAACCUGCCGCCGGAAGCCGUGGAACAACUGAACCAGGCCCAUCAUACGCUUUCUCGGGAUUCACAAAGCACUCCUACCGUACUACUUAAUUGGCUUCGAGGGAAGAGUACUCCAAAAGUUGUCCAUAUGUAAUUUGUAUAUUGUAUGUAAAAGUUAUAUAGUCUUUAGUUAUUAAUGUUUGUUUAUUGUUGAAUAAAAAUUUUAUUGAUUUUUUUCUGGGAAUGACCUUGAUAAUGUGGGAACCUAAAAAAAAUUGGAUGAAUUUUAAAAGCCAUUAUUUUUUCAUUUCGGGAACAAAUCGAAUGCUACAAAAAAAUUAGGCUUAUUGCCCCUGCCCCAUAUUUAUCACGGUAAAUAUUUGCUUAGCAACAUGUUGCGGAAUUGCUGGCAACACUGCGUGUUGCACAUUUGAUACCUUAUGUAAUAAGUUCUGGUCCGAGGAGAGAUUAAGUUUAAAUAAAAUUUCCAACAACUGUUGAUCAACUGUUGCUCAAAAAGUAUUUACUCAUGAAUACGCGGCGUAAGGGUUUUUGUUAUAUUCCGGUGUCAAUGUUAUGUUUCUUACGUUAUGUGCUAGUAAAUUAUUCCUGCAUUUUACGCCACCACUGCACUAAGCACAAUUCGAUAAUGUUUGUGGCAACAAAUAACUGUAAAUUGUGCACUUACCGCUUGUCAGCGAAAAACGAAACUUAAUAUUAGUGUUGUUUUAGAUGUAGUGUCCUUAUAAUCAAUUAGCAGCAUAUUCACAAAUAAUCAAGUUACAAUAUAUUUCAGAUUUUAUUUUUAAUCUACAAACUUUCCUCAUCUGUUCAAGAUUUCUGCUCUAUCUAGUUUUACAUCUAUCUACCCAACCGAGGUUGUUGGUAUUGCUUAUAUUCCUUCCUAUUCAUUAGUAACCUUAUUAUAUAAAUCUUAAUGUUAAUUUGUCUAUCAAUUAACUAACGAUUUUUAACGAAGUGCAAUCGAUGAUAAAAACGAACGAUCGAUAUAUUGUAAAAAUUUUGUUCCAAUACAAACUAAAUAUAGUAUAUAAAUAUACCACCGUCAUUGUAAACCACGAUACAAUCCUAGCAAAUUGAUAACUCGACCAAAAUGACUAGUGCAAAAAAUAAUGGUGCCUUUAAUUUCUAUUGUAUUGGAUUUAGAUGCUAUUGACCUGUAUAAUUUGUUAAAUAUAAAUUGAAUGCUUCCAUGUAUAUAAUAUUAUGUAUAAUAAUUUAAUUCAAGGUGAUUUGCAGCAUUUGUAUAUGAAAUUGUAUAGUUUAUGAUUAAAUGCUAAUUGAUUGAAA